AGCACACUCGGUCACAUGGUCGAAACGAAUUCACCGCCGGCGGCGUACGUGCUCAAGCGCUGCGCCUCCGAUCUGGGCGAGCAUCAUCAGCAGCAGCUGCAGCAACAGCAGCCGCCGCGUCAAAUCCAACGCUCACGUUCGCCUGCCAAUGCCAGCAAUGCCGCCUAUCAUCUAACCACCGCCAUGCUCCUAAACUCCCAGCAAUGCGGCUAUCUGGGCCAGCGGCUUCAAUCUGUGCUGCAGCAGCAACAGCAGCAACAACAGCAGCAGCAACAUCAACAACAGCCGCAAUCGCAAACGCCCUCUUCCGAUGAUGGCUCCCAGUCGGGUGCCACAAUUUUGGAUGAGGAGCGUCCACGCGUGAGUGGACCCACAGCAGCAUCCGCUGCUGCCGCAUCACUCUUUACCAUAGACAGCAUUCUAGGAUCACGCAAUGCAGCAGCAGCUGCUGCGGCCAGCAACAGCAAUAACAACAGCAACAACAACAAUAGCAGCAGCAACAACAACUGUAACAGCAAUAACAACAACAGCAUCAAUCACAAUAACAUUAGCAUCAAUGGCAGCCUGGGCCUGGGCCUGGUCAAGCGCAGCACCGAGUCGCCAGCCUCGCCCAACUCCAAUUCGAGCUCUAGCGCCGCAGCCAGUCCGAUCCGACCGCAACGGGUUCCUGCCAUGCUGCAGCAUCCUGGAUUGCAUCUCGGUCAUCUGGCGGCGGCAGCCGCGAGUGGCUUCGCUGCCUCCCCAUCGGACUUCCUAGUGGCCUAUCCCAACUUUUAUCCCAAUUAUAUGCAUGCCGCGGCCGUUGCCCACGUCGCCGCCGCCCAGAUGCAGGCGCACGUCAGUGGACAUGGGGCUGCGGCCGCUGGACUCUCCGCUCACGGCCAUCAUCCGCAUCAUCCGCACGCCCAUCCGCACUCGCAUUUGGCUCACCAUGCACAGCAUCAUUUGGGCCUAGGCCAUUUGGGGCAUGGGCCGCCGCCGAAACGCAAGCGUCGUCAUCGCACCAUCUUCACCGAGGAGCAGCUGGAGCAGCUGGAGGCCACGUUUGACAAAACGCACUAUCCAGAUGUUGUGCUACGCGAGCAGCUUGCCCUAAAGGUCGAUCUCAAGGAAGAGCGCGUGGAGGUCUGGUUCAAGAAUCGUCGUGCCAAGUGGCGUAAACAGAAGCGCGAGGAGCAGGAGCGUUUGCGUAAGCUACAGGAGGAGCAAUGCGGCAGCACCACCAGCAACAGCAGCAACAACAACAACAACACCAACACAAACAGCAACAACAAUAGUUCUGGCAACACGAGCUCACCGACAGCUGGCAACGCCGGCAUCAAAUGCGACUACGCAUCGCCGUUGGUGCACAUCAAAAGCGAUCCGAACCAUUAUAGCGAUGCGGACGAAUCCUCCGAUCUGGAGGUGGCCUAAGCUAAGCUAA